AUGGCUGGUGGCACUGGCACAGCAAACGCCCGACGUGCUGGCAAGUACAACAAGCCAACGAGAGGAGGUGGCAAACACUUUUCGCGCAGCCUUCAGCCGGUGGACAAGGACGGCAACCUCGUCAGCAUAUGGAGCAAAGACUCACAGGCUCAAUCCGACGAGGAUGACGAGAGUUCCUCUGAGGAGGAGGAGGAGAAUGGCGCGGUCAAUGAUGCUGCCGGCUCCGCCAAUCCUCCCGUCCCCGCCAAUGACCGGGAAGCCCGCAAGGCUCAGAAAAAGGCCCGCCAGAAGGCCGCUCUUGCAAAGCAAAACGGGCACACCGUCGAACCGGGCGACUUGCCUUCGAGCGACGAGAGCGACGAUGCAGACAUGCCUGCCAAUCCCAACCAUUCUCGGGCGGCGCAUAGCAUGACCCAGCAAGCCGCCGACGCUUCGGACGACGGCGAGAAAACGAACGCCAAGGAAAGGUACCUGAAACUGCAGGCGCAGGGCAAGACGGACGAGGCCAAGGCCGACAUGGCGCGACUCAAGCUCAUCCGGGAGCAGCGAGAAGCUGAAGCCGCGCGAAGACAGGCUGAGAAGGAAGAGAAGGAGGAACAGGAUAAAGCGCGUCGGGCCGAGAUUGAGGCGCGGGAUGCCAAGAGGCGCGAGGCCGCGGCCGGUCCCAAGAAAGGCAAGAAGAAAUAA